GAUCAAUGUAAGGUGGUGGUGUUGAAAUGUAUAAAGUUUCUUGCAACUACGCCGGUUUCGCCAUUCAUCCCGUAUCUCUGCCCCGAAGAGCAUCUUCGCCGAGGGUGUAGUUUUUGUGUAUCGCGGAUAGCGAUUCUCUGCGUGUGUGUUUGUGUGUGUUCAGUGAUCUUGACCUUCGGUCAUUUAUUUGAUAGCGUGUGUGCUAGCCAGUGAUUAGGUGCGCGAGCGCAAGUGAUAAGACUCAGUGAUCGUUCUGGUGAUCGAUAUAAGCCUCAUUUCAUCAUGAAUCGUUACAUCGUCGGAGUAGUGCUGGCGCUGUCGAUCGCGAUGAUCUCGGUGCAUGCAGAAACUGGUUUUUACAUCCCGAAAGCGUACUAUACGAUCGAUGAGAACGGCUACAAAUCACCGCUUAUCUACAUUGACAGUGUUCCGCAAAUUUUCCAUCGUGCUCGACGAUCUGCUCAGUCACCAAUCGUUCCCAACUUUGGCUUCCCGAUUAACUUCCCUGCCAUUCCGUUCCCUCAACCCGGCCAAGGUGGUAACUUCCAGUCCGUUUCCAUCACCAGCGGAGGUCCCGGAGGAUUGAACAAUCGUUUCGACGAAAACGGACAAUCUGCGCCGGCCGCCACCAUUAACACGUUCUCAUCGCACAACGGACACGUCACCCACAUGACUCAUCUUGUCGACAAGGACGGCAAGGUGACGACGCACACGCAGUCCAACAACAACAACAAAAACAACAACAACAACAACAACAAGAGAAACUAAGCGACCGGCGAUCGAUCGGCGGCCGGAACGUAAAGAUGUAUCCGCAAAGAUCACAUCGAAAAUGGUUGCUCUUAAUCCUUAAAUAGCCCGAAACCAGUAUCACCAGCGACUCUACUGUCUGUAUUAUGCUAAGCAUCGUUGUAAAUCACCUCACUUCUUUUAUUCGUCCAUCGUUUUAAAAAAUGCGUGUGCGUUUGCGUGUAUUUUGUACUAUUACCGGCGGAACACAUUCUGAGUGAACCGUAGUGAAAUGUGCGAUAAGGAUAUAGAAAUAAUAAAUUAACUCGGUAAGAACGAAGGUUUAUUUAUUAUGCCGAACUAUUAAAAACAAAUUAUGAUCAACAAAUGAUAAUUGGACUUCGGAUCCUCUAAUCGUUGAUGAUUAAAGCAGUACCAUCUCGCAAGCUGCUCCUCAAUAUCUCAGGAAUUUUGAAUAAUAUUAAAAUCAAAUCUUAAGAUGAUGCUGGAGCUGGGGCUAAAAAAUGAAGGUUUUUGCGAUUUUUUUCUUCUGAAUAUAGCAUUCACAUUGAACUACAACUUUAGAAGAAUAUUAGAUCAAGGUUUUCAAAAACGAUUUAUAAACAUCUCAGCAAUGUCAUCAAUUUUGAGGAGGCAUUCUCCAAUAAAAAUCGUCAUCAGAGAUGUAAAAAGGAAAUUGAAUAGUUAAGGAGCUUCUGCAGAAUCCAUAGAUAGGUUUUUGGUUAGUUUGAACAUUUUCCCUUUUUGCGAGCAUUUUGCAGUGGAACAAAAUGAUGAUCUUGAUCAUUUUACGUGAACAUUUAUUAGCCACCAAGUAAAUGUUAUACACUUGAAGAGAUCAACACUUCAAAAAUAUGAGUCCCGUACUUUUCAUGACACGAUAAACUUCGACUCUUGAACAACGAUUUUUUUUUUUGGAAAAAACGGAGCCUGGUAUGAAGCAAAGCUUUUUCACCGUUAUUUGUCGUGUUUUUGUGAAAUUCAAAUAAUUUUUAAUUAGUUAGCGUGCUGAAGUUGAAAAUCGGCGUGAAAAUUGCUGAUUGGUGUGUCAUAUAAUAACUUUCAAACAAUCGGUAGGUGUAUAAA